UUGUGGUCACGCACACAAACACAGUAUCAAAUUAUUUGUUUUAUUUUUCAAGAAUAUACGGAAAUUGAAUUAAAACAAAAACGUCGCCAAGAUACUGUUGAAACGCAGGCGACGCUUUAGAUUGUCAGGAGCUGGAGCGGUAGGAUACAGCAGAGUCAACAACGACAUGUACCAACAGCACAUGGAUCUGCAUGCUCCUGUGGACCUUAAUAAGUCCCUGGACGACAUGACGCCGGAGGAGCGCAUGCGGGCCGAACACCAACUGAUGGUGGAAAAGCACAGGGGCCACGAUGCAAUGCACUCGGAAAUGGUGAUCAUACUCUUCGUCACCGUGGUAAUUGCCCAAGUCAUUCUGGUGGAGUGGAAGAAGCGCCACUACAGAUCCUAUUCAUUCAUCACCCUGCUGGCCAUGUGGAUUAUACCCUUCACGAUCUCAUGCUUCUUUGGCUGGAUACGUUUCAUUGUAAUCUGGGGGAUAUUCACAAUCAUUACGGCGCUAGUUAUGCGCCGUGCGAUAAGCAAGCCCAUCCAAGGCACAACGCCCAGACUCGUCUACAAAUGGUUCUACUUCAUUUACAAGCUGAGCUAUGGUCUCGGCUUGGUUGGCUACCUCGUCAUCAUGGCCGCCUUUAUGGGCAUGAACUAUUUGUUCUCACAGCCGCCAAAUAUCUGGAUGGAUGUGGGCCUAAUGUUCUGCUUCUAUGGCCUCUACAUUGGUGUGCUCGGUCGCGACAUAUCCGAAAUAUGCUCAGACAAAAUGGCAGCAGCCAUUGGCUACUAUGCCCCUCAGGGUAUACCCACGCGCCACUUGGAGCAGAAUGUGUGCGCUGUGUGUGGCAAUCAGUUGUUGGUUUCAGAAGAGGAGGAGGGCGUCAUUGAGAACACAUACAAAUUGUCCUGCAAUCAUGUAUUCCAUGAGUUCUGCAUACGGGGCUGGUGUAUUGUCGGCAAGAAGCAGACCUGUCCCUACUGCAAGGAGAAGGUUGAUCUACAGAAAAUGUUUCGCCAUCCAUGGGAAAAACCGCAUGUAUUGUAUGGCCGUUUGCUGGACUGGAUCCGCUGGCUGGUGGCCUGGCAGCCGCUCAUUUUCUUUAUAGUUUUAGGCAUCAAUUGGGCGCUGGGAUUGGAAUAAGUCCAGCCACAGCAGCAGCAGCAGCACCUGCACCACCCUUUCCAAUGUAGCUCUUUGCCUCAAGCAGCACACGCACGACUCGCUGACACCACACCAUACUAGGGAUCCAAAACCAAAACAGAGACCAAUACUAGGGGGGGUAGAGCACAGGAGGCACGCUCUUGCCCAUUCAUUCCCCAUAAGCAUACCACAAACCACACACUGCACCGCAACACACACAAACACACAAACCAUAGGGAAUUAUUUGGCUUUUUGCAACAUCCGGAAGAAAGGCUGGACAGCCGGAUGUCGUCCACACAGACACCUGUACACCUAACUGUACGUUUCCAUUAUGCAGUGUUUUAAAAUGUAAAAGUUAUUGCAAUUUUAGAUAUAUACGAGAUAUAUAUAUUAUAUACUUAGCCUGUAUGCAUCUGUCUGUGUACAUAUAUGUAUGUAUGUAUGUAUGUAUGUAUGUGUGUGUCCCUCAGGAUUAACAUUAGUAUGUAUACAAUUUUUUUUGUUCUGCCUGUUUCUGUUUGUUUGAUGGCACCACUGGAACCUGGAACCUGGAAACUUGGAUACGCGAUACGAGAUUUACCAAAAAGAAA